AUACUUCAUUCGAACCUUCUGUUGCACUGGCAAGUCUUGUGCAGCACAUACCAUUGCAGAUGAUUACAGUUCUCAUCAGGAGCCUUACUACAGAUCCAAAUGUGAAAGAUGCAAGUAUGACUCAAGCUCUGUGCAGAAUGAUUGACUGGUUGUCUUGGCCUCUGGCUCAGCAUGUGGAAACAUGGGUGAUUGCACUGCUGAAAGGACUGGCUGCAGUCCAGAAAUUUACCAUCCUCAUUGAUGUUACUCUGCUUAAGAUUGAAUUGGUCUUUAAUCGACUUUGGUUUCCUCUAGUGAGGCCUGGUGCCCUUGCUGUCCUUUCCCACAUGUUGCUUAGUUUUCAGCAUUCUCCAGAAGCUUUUCAUUUGAUUGUCCCACACGUGGUCAGUUUGGUUCACUCAUUCAAGAGAGAUGGCUUACCUUCCAGUACAGCCUUUUUGAUACAAUUGACUGAGUUGAUACAUUGUAUGAUUUAUCAUUAUUCAGGAUUUCCAGAGCUCUAUGAACCCAUUUUGGAAGCUGUUAAGGACAUGCCCAGGCCCACUGAAGAAAAGAUUAAGAUGGCUCUCAAUCAGAGCGCGUGGACUUCUCAGUCCAGCUCUUUGCCAUCUUGUUCAUCUAGACCUUCUGGAAAAUCUGAAACUGGGAAGACAGGUCUAAUUAACCUAGGAAAUACUUGCUACAUGAACAGUGUUCUUCAGGCACUUUUUAUGGCUACGGAUUUCAGAAGACAUGUUUUAUCUCUGCAACUAAAUGGAUGUAACUUACUAGUGGCAAAAUUACAGCAUCUUUUUGCGUUUUUGGCCCAUACCCAGAGAGAGGCAUAUGCUCCUAGAAUUUUCUUUGAGGCUUCCAGACCACCAUGGUUCAGCCCUCGAUCCCAGCAGGAUUGCUCAGAAUAUCUCAAAUUCCUGCUAGACAGGCUGCAUGAAGAAGAGAAAACCUCAAAAACUUUGUCUUCAGCAAAGACUUCUGAAAGUAAAACCAAUGCAAAGUCCCAGAAACAAGAAGCUGUUGAUAAGGCAAAAGUAUUUGCUGAAGCAUCUGGUAAGGGAAGUGAAGAAAGAACUCUGAUCGAGAAGAUGUUUGGAGGAAAAUUGAAGACUACCAUACACUGUCUGAACUGCAAAAGUGUGUCUCAAAAGGAGGAAGCUUUCACAGAUCUCUCUCUGGCUUUCUGUCCUCCAACUUCCUUGGAGAAUGUUGGUCCAAAAUGUAUGGAAUGUACUGAAGGGAAAGGCGACAACGUGGUGCAAACUAAGACUUCACCGACAAGUCCUGCUGGAAAAAAACCUCUCAAGUUGGAAGCAAAUGGUGGAUGUGACCCAAUAACAAAGAAAGCAACCACAAAGGAUUUUUCUGCUGAGCCACAGUCUGAGAAGACUACAAAUUCUGAAUGCAAUGAAGUUCAAGAUAAGAAAAUGUCUCAGAGGGUAGUGGGUGAAAACCCUCUGUCAGUUACAGAUUUACUGAAUUAUUUUCUGGCGCCUGAGAUCCUCAGUGGUGACAACAAGUAUUACUGUGAAAAGUGUGCCUCUCUACAGAAUGCUGAGAAAACUAUGCAAAUCAUUGAGGAACCUGAAUACCUCAUUCUCACUCUUUUGAGAUUUUCAUAUGAUCCAAAGUGUCACGUAAGGCGCAAAAUCUUAGAUAAUGUGUCUCUGCCACUUGAUUUGAAACUACCAGUCAAAAGAGCAACAUCCUCUCCAGGUGUAGUUUCAAGAGGUUGGUCUGUUGGUGUUGAGGUUUCUGAUAUUGGAGAAAAUAUUGCUAAAAAACUAAAGCCCUCAGGUGCUGAUGAAGUGACUCACCCACGAUUGGAGCCCUAUUUGUUAAGCUCUGUGGUGAUGCAUUCUGGUGUAUCCUCUGAAAGUGGACAUUACUAUUCAUAUGCUAGAAAUGCUACUGGGUCAGGGCCUUCAGGACCCUGCCAGCAGUCUACAGGUGAUUCUUUAGCUUCUCCUCAGGCUAAGUUGUUGACAGGGGAGAGUCCUUCUACUGUUGUAGACAGUGACACUGAUAAGUCAAGAGAAUGGUUUCUGUUCAAUGACAGCAGAGUGACAUUUACCUCAUUUCAGUCAGUCCAGAAAAUUACCAGUAGAUUUCCAAAGGACACUGCUUAUGUUCUGUUUUACAAAAAGCAAAAUAGCACCUGUGGCUUCAAUUCAGCAAAUGGAGACCCUCCCCUACAGAAAGACCUCAUGGAUGCAAUUAUGAAAGAUAACAAACUAUACUUGCAGGAGCAAGAGCUUAGUGCUCGAACACAAGCACUUCAAGCUGCCUCAGCCUCGUGCUCUUUCCGACCCAAUGGGUUUGAUGACAAUGAUCCCCCGGGAAGUUGUGGACCGACAGGUGGAGGAGGAGGGGGUGGGUUCAGUACUGUUGGUAGAUUAGUCUUUUGACUAUGAAGAUAACCUGGAAUACACUGGUUCCAAAGCAGCCCAGUACUGCUGAGGACAACUAAAAUAUUGAACUUUGUCCGAUAUUGUACCAAGUUUUGAGACUUGAUCCUUGUUCAAAAGCAAAUGUUGGGUUUUUUUGGUUAUGUUUUAUUUGAAAUAAAUAAGCGCAAAAUGGAAAAAAACUACCUCUUAAAAAUUCAGUUGCUUUUAUAGUAAGAUAUGCUUGCCCAAAAGACAGAAAAUGAAGAUUUUUUAAGUAGUUGCUAGCGACACUGCAUUAAACUGAAUGAACGCACUUACGUCAGUUUCUAUUGUCCUCAUCCAUUGAAUGAAGAAAGUUCAUUUUUUACUCUGAUGGAAAUACUUUACAUGGAAAUCCUUUCAGAUGGGCUAAACUGCAUACAUAGUCUCUCACCUCCACCCCAUUUUCAAAUCCAGUACCUUAUGGAUUUCCAGAGAUGAUGCAAUUUAUAAUGAAGGCAAUAACUUAAAUGUGACAUGAUACAGUACUUUCCAGAUUAAAAAUUAUUCAAUAUAUUUCCAGUAUUAAGUGUAAAGAAGAAAAAAUAAUUUAUAAAUAUUUGC